AUGUCCGGGUAUCCCAGCGUCGGCACAUCUGGAGUAUACGAAGCAGGUGAUCAAAGAAAUGCAAAGAGAUCUGAGAUGCAACAAGCAGAGAGAUACAACGAGGGCCAACAUGGAUCACAUAUCGGAACUGAUUCAAAAGACCAAUGCUCCAUUGCGAAUAGGCUAGCUGCAGAAGAGCGGAGAGCAGAGCCUGGAUAUGACACUGAGACAUCUAUCAAAAAAGACCCGACACUGCCGGCCAAAAUGCACGGCAAUGAACCUUCAAAGGGGGCCAAAGUCGACGCUGAGCUAGUGGCUGACGAUGAAGAAUAUCUCAGACGGAAAAGCAAGGCAUAG